AGAGGUAUGCUUAUCUUGCUUUUUCUUACGCCUGACUAGGCUUCAACUCCCUUUUUUGUUUUUUUUGGUUUUUUUUCCUUUUUGAAGAGGGUGAUUUAGCUGUGAGACCUGAUAUAAUGGGCAACCGCCUGUCUCCAGCUCAACGGGAGUUUUAUAUCCAAAUUAAGUCCCACCUUGUUUUAGGGAACAUUUCUUUUAAUAAGAGAGAUUUAAAGCCUUUUGUUAAAUUUAUUUUUGAACAUUUUCCUGCUACUACACGGGAAGAUGUUUUGAUGCCGGAUUUCUGGGGAAGAGUUGGGAGAAAGAUUUACGAUUUACAAGUUCAGGGGAGGAUUUCAGUCGGUCGUUUUUUUCCGCUUUUUCAUUCCAUUCUUAAUUUGUUAAAAAAGAAGGGAGAGAGUUGGGUCCCCAGUUCACCUACCUCGUGUUCCUCCCCCCGCAAUCCUAUUCCCUCUUCCCCUAAGGGCGGAUCGGGAGACAGAUCCUGCCAUACAUCGGCACAGAGCUGCUGCCGCCUCUCUGCUGCUUCCCGAUCCUCCCUGUCCCAUUCGUGUGUUGGGACUGGCCACCCCAACACAUGUCAUUCCUGUUCCCUCCAUACCAGAGACCCUAAUCCUAGUUUGAAACCCUGUUGCUCUUUAGAGGACUUAACUGAACAAAUAGGACAAAAUGGCGCCUGCCUCAUGGCGAAAAAAGACCAGCCCCAAGAUGGUGCCCCUCCUUCUCCUUCACUCCAAAAAAUUCCUGCCGUCUCGCCCCCGCCUCCUCCCCCCACUCCGUCGAGUGCCGCCCCUGCGUCAGGACCCGUCCCCUCCUUCCCUCUGACCACACCCCUGGGUGGGCCCCCUGUGGCUGGGACCAGCCCCCAAGUGGGCCCAGUCCCUGUGGGUGGGAACCCCCCACCAGAAAGUCACGCCCCGGUGGGUGGGUCGGGACACGCCUCCUCCUCUCCUGCCACUGACAGUUCCCACGCUACCGGAACCAGGAAGAAGCCUGGCUGGAAGCAGGCCAUCCUGGCCUGCCAGACCCACUGUCUCUGGGACCCACCGGCCAGGGAGAGGCACCGUGCCCUAACCCAGCCUGCUUCAUCCUCGGAAGAGGAUGAGGAGAGUGGCAGCCCCCGGCAUUCCAACAAGUCGGCGGGGGGGGUUGGGCAAAGAUCAGAGAGGAGGCAAUUAAGGAUGGGAAUUUGGAAUUGGCACGGGACUUGGGCAGCUUUGCGGCACCGGUCAUCCUCAGGCGGGGGAGGGAGCCAAAGUGGGAGCAAAUUCCAUACGCUGAGGUGAAGGAGUUAAGGAAGGCUGCCAAAGAUUACGGCAGAAACUCGCCUUUCUUUAAAAAUGUGCUGGACUUAACAUUUGCUGGACGUUUCCUAGUCCCCCAUGAUUUAAAGUAUAUUGCUAAGGCACUGUUUUCUCCCACCGAAUGCGACCUCUGGGGGAUUCAUUGGAAAAAACUGUUGAAACCACUCCUGCGCAAGUAUGAUCUCGCAGAGGUGGUGGGAGAGGGGGACGAGGCAAUGGAAGCCCUUGCUGGAGAAGGGGAGUUCAGCAGUCCGGAGGACCAAAUUCUACUAGCACAGGAGCUGCUUCAGGACAUAGCAGCAGCGGGAAAGGAGGCACUCCUGAAGAUACCGGAUGACCAUAUCCUAGGAACCCAUUUUAUCAAGAUCACCA